GCGCCUGAUUAAUAAAUCUAGGUUGAUUGAUUUGUCGACAUCGCUUAUCCAAAGCAAGCAGCUCCAGAAGAACCAAAAUCAACCAUGUCUUACUACCCGAAAGGCCACCACGCCGGCGACGAUGACGUCGACGACUUCGAUGAGUUCGAUCCAACUCCUUACGACGGUGGAUACGACAUUACUGUGACGUACGGCCGUCCCAUUUCGCCAUCGGAGGAGACCUGCUAUCCCAUCUCCUCCGCCUCCGGCGACUUUGACUAUGAUCGUCCCCAAUACACCUCCCAUGCUGAGCCAUCUGCCUAUGCCGACGAGGCUCUUGACAACGAGUACAAGAGCUAUGCCAAACCCAAGCCUCGACCCGGCCCUUCCUAUGGGGGCUCAUCCGAGGCGGGUUAUAAUCGUCGCCCCGGUGGAGGAGGAGGCUAUGGUGGUGAAUCCGAGUACGGAUCUGAAGGUGGAUAUGGUCGUAGACCAGAGCAACAGAGGCCCAGUUCUGAAUAUGGAUCGGGGUAUGAGAGACCCGAUUCUGAAUAUGGAUCGGGGCAUGGCCGUAAGCCGAGUUCUGAAUAUGGAUCCGGAUAUGGACGCAGGAACGAAGACGAAAGGCCCGAUUCCGAGUACGGAUCUGGCAAUAGGCGGAAACCUUCAUACGAAGAGGGAGGAUCCGAAUACGGAUCUGGAUAUGGGCGUCGUAACGAAUCCGAAUCCGAGUAUGGAUCCGGUAGGAAGCCAAGCUAUGGGCGGGAGGAGGACAGGCCUAGCUAUGGCCGUUCUGAGGAGAGUGAAGGUUAUGGGAGAUCUUCCUAUGAUAGGCCUAGCUAUGGAAGGUCCAAUGAUGAAGAGGAGUACCGGAAACCUAGCUAUGGAAGGUCCAAUGAUGAAGAGGAGUACAGGAAACCUAGCUAUGGAAGGUCCAAUGAUGAAGAGGAGUACAGGAAACCUAGCUAUGGAAGGUCCAGUGAUGAAGAUGAGUACCGGAAACCUAGCUAUGGAAGGUCCAAUGAUGAAGAGGAGUACAGGAAACCUAGCUACCAGAGGCGUAAUGAUGAUGAUGAUGAGAGCUAUGGUCGCAGGCAGAGGCGUGAUGAUGAUGAUGAUGAUGACAGCUAUGGUCGCAAGAAAUAUGGGGGUAGGGAUGAAGAUGAUGAGGAGCGUGAGAGGCAUCACCAUCACCACCAUCGCGUGCAGUAUAAUGAUUAAGCAUAAUUGGCAGGUUGCCUUCCCAACAGGAUUCCUAUUUCCUGCCUUAAUAAUAAAUUUCCCUCAUAUUAUAUGUGUUUUUGAAUUUGUCUACAUUGAACUAUAAGAAUGUAUGUGGUUUGCUUCUCAGGCUGCUGUAAUAAAGUCCCACAUGUUUGGGAUGGUGUUCAAACUUUUGUGCUUUUCUUGCACUUAUGUAUGCAACUAUCUUGUUUGUUGUUUUUAA